AUGGGCUGGUUCAAGCGGCUAGCAAUGUUUGCGUCUUCAGACGCGAAGUCUCCAGCGGAAAAGGCAUUUGUUAGAAGAUUGGAUAUUUUUCUGAUGACAUUUGGCUGCAUCAGCCAGGUCAUCAAGUAUUUGGACCAGACGAACAUCAACAAUGCGUACGUUUCCGGUAUGAAAGAGGACCUCGCUCUGUACGGAAAUGAACUGAACUACUUCACGACGUACUUCUACGUGGCUUACUGCCUUAUGUUGAUCCCCAGCCAAAUCAUCUUGACUUAUGUCCGUCCGAGCUUCUGGUUGAGCAGUCUGGAGGUCGCUUGGGGAGUUAUGACUGGUUUGAUGGCCAUGACGACCAAAACAUAUCAAGUCUACAUAAUUCGAGUGUUUCUUGGCUUGUUUGAGAGCAGCGCAUGGCCUGGGAUGAUUACACUUUUGAUGCACUGGUACACGCCAUCGGAGCUCGCGAAAAGAAUGGGCUUCUAUCAUUCAUGCCAAGCGGUCGGGUCCAUGAUGUCCGGCGCAUUACAAGCAGCGAUAACGAAGACAAUGGAUGGGCAUCAUGGACUUGCCGGUUGGCGAUGGCUUUUUGUCGUGAACGCCAUCAUCACAGUGGUUUGGGGGUUCCUAGGAUUCUUCAUGCUGCCCGACUACCCCAAUAAUCCCAAUCCAAGGGCCUUUUGGUUUGACAAGUCCCAUGGCGAACUGGCAAUGGCGCGAUUGGUCCGGCACGGUCGAGCAGAGCCUAGAAAAGUAAGCUGGGCUGGCGUAAAGCGCACUUUCUCUUCCUGGGUUGUCUACUUCAUUACUGCACUCUACGUUGCGAGUGUUCUUGCUCCUAGCGGAAACUCGUACUUUGGGCUUUUCCUCAAGGCCAUGAAGAACCCAGACGGUUCAGCGAGAUGGACAACGGCAGAAGUCAAUGCCAUUCCCAUUGGUGCUUCGGCAAUAAAUGUGGUGUUCGUCUGGAUUUGGGCAAUAUUAUCUGAUCUCAUCGGUUCACGUUGGACGCUUCUUGUCGCACAGUUUGCUAUCGAUUUCAUCCCUGCCAUUAUCAUGACCAUCUGGACUACGCACCCAAUGUCAACUCCAAUCUCGGCUGCCUAUGUAAGCUACUUCUUAUCUUACAUCGCUCUUGGAACGGCACCCUUGAUAUUCUCUUGGCUCUCAGACUUGAUUCCACAGGAUCCAGAGGCCCGGUCAUUGGUGGUGGGCGUUGCUGUGGCAGUGUACUACGCAGUCUCAGCGUGGAGCAACGUUCUCAUCUGGCCAGCAGUGGAAGCACCAUAUUACAAGAAGGGAUGGCAAGCAUCAAUUGGACUGGCCGCCUUUGCUUUGAUCAUGACCGUCCUCCUUCGCAUCAUUGAUGUCAAAUUCAUGAGACCCAAGCGUGAAGCUUUUGCUGCUGCUAUUGAGGGUGAGGAGGUCGGUGUCGAAAGAGCUGCUGACAGCAUCGAUAAGAACAACAUUAUUAGCCAAGGGGAGAUUGUCAAGGAUGAUCUAGACGAUAGGAGAUGA